GCAUUUUGUCCGUCUCCCUGGCACCUGGUGGGUGGUGAAUCAGCCGUUUUUGAACGAAUGAGUGGUUAUUAUAUUAAUUCGUGCCUCAAUGAAUGAAUGAAUGGACGAACACAGGCCGGGAGCCUGACCCACUUCCCUCUUCCCUCGCGGGACCCACCGCCCCAGGAUUGGGCGAACCUCAGGCAGAGGUGGAGGAAACCUUAAAGAGGAUCCAGAGUCAUAAAGGGGUUAUUGGAACUAUGGUUGUAAAUGCAGAAGGUAUUCCCAUCCGAACAACCUUGGACAACUCAACAACUGUUCAGUAUGCAGGCCUUCUUCAUCACCUGACAAUGAAAGCCAAAAGCACAGUUCGCGAUAUUGAUCCUCAGAACGACCUGACUUUUCUUAGGAUCAGAUCAAAGAAACACGAAAUCAUGGUAGCUCCAGAUAAGGAAUAUCUUCUGAUCGUCAUUCAGAAUCCAUGUGAAUAGACCUGCGAUGGCCAAGGCUGUCUAAGCGACACUGGGUUGGAAACACUUGGCUCUCUCAUGAGUAUUAAAAUUCUAUUUCAAUCUAA